AAGGCAUGCCCUUCGUGCCCCGACUUAUUCUACGGUCUCGACCGCCUGCAUUACGACGAAGUUACUCGUUCUUAUCCAACAAACAAGGACGUCCGUGGUUCAAGGGUGCAGCAGCGAAACAGCAACAACCACAAGGACAGCGACAACAAGCACCUACACAACAAUCCAGCUCAGUGCUGAGCAGGGAUGCACAGGAAUGUGAUGGAAUUGCCGUCUCCGUUGACGGAUUGACGGAGGGGAAGCCUGUCACCGAUGUGAAGACCUCCGCAUCACCCUUGUCCACUGAGGCACCGCCCACCUCCCCUUCGAUGUCCAUCUCGAUAGCAAAUGCACUCACUUGGCCAUCCCCGACCCUCCCACCGACGGAUCACCCACAGAUGUCAAUCUUUGAUCUCACUGUACAGCGGUUCUAUUCUAUCAACCGACCUUUGUUCUCAAUCGUCUUGCCGGUUACUCCGUCCGCAACCCACCCCGAGGAAGUAGACAAGGAGGCUGAAGCGGACGCAGCGCGUCUCCUCGCUCGUGCUCUGGUGAUGAGCAAACUGGGCGCGGAGAAGGACUGGGACGAUGUAAUCGCCAAGCUUGAGGGGAGGCUUGAGGAGGAGAACGCAUAUGAGAACGUGGUCAGUAUGGACAGUGUGAAGAGGAAAAGGAGGAAGAAGAUGACGAAACACAAAUUCAAGAAGAGGAGACGGGCACAACGCGCUGAACGCCAGCGACUGGGAAAAUAGACGCGCAAUCAUAUUAUGACGGCGCCCUUCUCCUGCAGGCCGAUUAUCGCGAUGCAUUCUCUACUGCAAGAGCUCGUGUAGUUCUGAUGAGGUCACCGGUAAUGCGGACGGCUGUUGUGUUCUUUACUUUAUAUGU